ACUUGCCCAACUUCUUCUGGUCUCUCCCAAGUCAUCAUCAAAACUGGGUAAAUACUAAAUACCCAGAGACGACUUUUCUUUUGCAUCCAUCUUCUACUUCUUCAACCAUAAGGCAGUGGAAAACCAUGAGGCGUUAAUGGAGGACAGACUAGUAAACACAGUCUCUGUAAUAUCAGUGAUUGCUCUGAUCACAUUCGUCGUCAUCGCUCGCUGCUUCUUAAAGCGUUCAAGAGUCUUCUUUCUCAUCUUGGGGGCCGAUGUUACGUUGAUCAUCGCAGUCUUCGCCUGCGUUCUAAUCCGAUUGCGAUACAACCGCAGAAGAAGACUGAUAGAAUCCCGAUAUAAAUCUGAAGGUAGAGAGCUCCGAAUAGAGUACAGCUUCCUGCGAAAAGUCGCCGGCGUUCCGACCAAGUUCCGAUUCCAAGAGCUCGAAGACGCCACCAACAGAUUCCAGUCGCUACUCGGCCAAGGAGCCUCAGCUUCAGUCUUCAAAGGUAUUUUAAACGACGGCACCACGGUAGCCGUCAAGCGAAUCAACGGCGAAGAACGAGGCGAGAAGGAGUUCAAAUCGGAAGUCGCCGCCAUAGCCAGCGUCCAGCAUGUCAACCUCGUGCGCCUGAUUGGGUACUUUAAUUCCACCACAGCCCCUCGGUACUUGGUUUACGAGUUCAUCCCAAACGGAUCUCUGGAUUCCUGGAUAUUCCCCUUUAAAACCGAGAAUCGAAGAUCUCGCCGGGGGUUUUUAUCGUGGAGCUUGAGAUACAGAGUAGCGAUCGAUGUAGCCAAAGCUCUCUCUUACCUCCACGAUGAUUGCAGAUCGACAAUCCUACACCUGGAUGUAAAACCAGAGAACAUUCUGCUGGACGAGAAUUUCAAAGCAGUGGUCUCAGACUUCGGUCUGUCGAAGCUAAUGGGGAAAGAUGAGAGCGAAGUGAUGACAACAGUGAGAGGAACAAGAGGGUAUUUAGCUCCAGAAUGGCUGUUAGAACACGGAGUUUCAGAGAAAACAGACAUAUACAGUUACGGCAUGGUACUGCUGGAGAUAAUAGGGGGAAGAAGAAACGUGUGCGUAAUCCAAGAUCCAAGGGACAGGGCAAAGAAGAAGUGGGAUUACUUUCCAAAGACUGUGAACGAGAAAGUGAGAGAAGGAAAACCCAUGGAGAUAGUGGAUCAGACGUUGAUUGACAGUGGGGGCGUGGAAGAGAGAGAAGUGAAGAGGAUGGUGUACGUGGCACUGUGGUGCAUACAAGAGAGGCCGAGGGUGAGACCAAGCAUGAAGCAAGUGGUGGAGAUGCUUGAAGCGAGAGCGAAGGUGGAGGAGCCACCUGAUACGAGGAUGGUUACGGCCAAUUUCCUUUCAGUAGGAGAAGAAGGAGAAGCAGAAAGCUGCUCGAAUGGCACCACAUUGGCUGAUUAUGUGGCGAGCCAGAGGGCAAUAGGAAAUUCGGGUUACUAUGGAUCCACCUACUCCAUGGCCACCACAGUUCUAUCUGGCAGAUAGUUAUGCUUUCUCAAUUUAUCAGUCAUUCAGAAAAUUUCAGGAUCAAUCUGCUUCGCUUUUGAUUCUGAUUGCUUUGUUAUUUGAAAUGUAUACACCAUCUGAUCAUAGGUACAUUAUACUCUACACAGUUCAUCAUCAAUUUUUUUA